AUGUCAUCUACUGCUACGUUCAACCCGUUCCUGGAUCCCUGCUAUGACGAGUCCUGGGGAUGCACUUUCAACAGCAUGUCCCCUUACAUGUGGGCUAAUCUCGGUAUUACCUUCUCUUUGGCAUUCUCCGUUAUCGGUGCUGCCUGGGGUAUCUUCCUCACCGGUUCCUCAUUGGUUGGUGCUGCUGUUCGUGCUCCUAGGAUUAAGUCUAAGAAUCUUGUGUCCAUUAUCUUCUGUGAGGCUGUCGCUAUCUAUG